AUGACCGGGGCGCCUCGCGCUCGUCCACCCUCCCCGCGAUCGUCACCACCCAGCCUCAGUCGUCUCCCUCGCUGGACAAUACUCCCACCAGUCCGAUUGGCGCGCAUCAGGGACUCCUGCGCACCUCCCAGUCCUUCCCUGUCGGAUACGAAGCGAGCCUCGCGGCUUCUGCAGAGUUCCAGUCAGAAUGCCGCGGUCGGUGCCAGCCGGAAUUCGCUGUCCUCGCCGACCCUGUUCGAGUCCGCCGAUUCCAGCGCCAUAGAUCCGUUGUCUCAGCACAUCAUCAAGCGCACCAAUACCCAGAAAUCCAUCCCUUUCAAACUCCUCGGACGAGCCUCUCACGAGGCUGAGGCCGGCGGCGCGGACCAUGCCAGCCUCGUCGACCAGGGAUCAGCUCGCGCGGACGCCGUGUCACAGCAUAAGCCGACCAAGGAGAAGAAAAAAGGUGUCUCCUUCCUGAGUCGCAUCAUCCCGGGGAAGAAGAAGGACCAGUUUCUGGACGAGGAUGAUGUCUCCGAGCCGGAUACCGCCCGCAUGGAUGCCGAUGCCUCCGCGCAGCCGAUCGGCUUCUUUCCUCGAUUCCCGCGCCCCCCCAAGUACCUCCGCGUGAGGGUCCACUACAAGAAGCACAAGACGUUCGGCCGGGUGUUUGUCGCGCAGGAGCUCGAAGGCGCUGGCAUUACGCCAGUGUCGCAGGAAGAGAGCGAGGAGCCCUCCGCCCAUGGCCAUGGCGGCGCCGGCAAGGCCAUCUGGGCGCUGGUCUUCUCCAACGACGGGAAAUAUUUGGCGGCUGCCGGACAGGACAGCAAGGUGCGUGUCUGGUCCGUUGUCGGGUCUCCCGAGGAUCGGGAUAGUAUCCAAACGAUGGAAGACGAUGGCGACGGACUGCCGCGACUGAACGCUCCGGUGUUCCGGUCGGAGCCGAUCCAGGUGUACGAGGGCCAUACCGGGAGCGUGUUGGAUUUGAGCUGGAGCAAGAACAACUUCCUCCUCUCCUCGUCGAUGGAUAAAACCGUUCGACUGUGGCACGUCACCCGUCCCGAGUGUCUCUGCUGCUUCAAGCACAGCGAUUUCGUCACCUCGAUCCAGUUCCACCCCCGCGACGACCGGUUCUUCCUCGCCGGGUCCCUCGACAGCCGACUGCGCUUGUGGAGCAUCCCCGACAAGAGCGUCGCGUUCAUGGCCUCCGUCCCCGACAUGAUCACCUCGGUCGCGUUCACGCCGGAAGGCCAGUACGCGAUCGCCGGGUGUCUCAACGGCAUGUGCAACAUCUACCAGACCGACGGGCUGAAGAUGGCCGGGCAGAUCCACGUCCGGUCCGCGCGCGGCCGCAACGCCAAGGGCAGCAAGAUCACCGGCAUCGACACGAUGCGUUUCCCGCGCGACGACCCCGACGGCGACGUCAAGCUGCUGAUCACCAGCAACGACUCGCGCAUCCGCCUGUACAACUUCCGCGACCGCGCCUUGGAGGCCAAGUACCGCGGCAACGAGAACACCUGCAGCCAGAUCCGCGCCUCCUUCAGCGACGACGGCAAGCACAUCAUCUGCGGCAGCGAGGACCGCCGCACCUACCUCUGGCCGACGGGGCCCGUCGAGAAAGACGCGGACAAGCGGGCUGUCGAGGUUCUAGACCCCCAGUCCGCCAUGGUCACAGCCGCUGUGCUGGCACCCGCCACAACAAAGCGCAUCCUCGGCGCCUCGGAAGACCCCAUCUACGACGUGUGCAACCCGCCGCCGGUCAACCUGAACGCCCACGCGCCCGAGAACGUCGCACAACACCGCCGGUCAGGCUCCAACAGAGUCGCCCCCGAGUCCCCAACCUACGCCAACCGCUCGCGCCAUCCCGACGGGAACAUCAUCGUCAUCGCCGACUACUCCGGCAAGAUCAAAGUCCUGCGGCAAGACUGCGCGUACGACAAGCGCCGUUUCGAGAACUGGGACACGCACUCGACGCUCUCGCGGCGGAUCCUACGCCGCUCCAACUCCGCCCGCCGCAGCAUCGCCUCCUCCAUCGGCAAGGAGUCCUCGCACAAAACCCCCUCCGAGCGCAUCAUCUCCUGGCGCAACUCCGUCAUCGGCCACGCCAGGAACAGCGGCCGAGACAGUAUCUCCUCACGCCAGGGGCCCCGCACCCGCAGCCCCUCCCCGCACCGCCACCACCUCUCGCGGUACUCCAGCCCGCGCGGCUGGGACUCCAUCGGCGCCUCGCAGUCCACCGCGUCGCCACCCCCGUCAGCCUACAAAUUCUCCCUCGACAGCAGCCGACGCUCCAGCGCCGAAGCGAACGCCACAGCCGCCGCCGCCGCCCGCCGCCGCGGCACCCUAAACGGCACCCCCGAGGAACGCGUCGCCUGGGCAGCCGCCCACGUCCAGGACAAGGACAACCCGCUCUGGCUGCAAGGCGAUCACAGCUACGCUUACUACGGCAAGAUCGCGCAGGAUGCCCUCGCAGCCGCUACGGCGCGGCCUUCCCAAGCCACCACAGCGGCAGGAGAUCCAAACCACCUGGCCGUCCCACAGCGCAUGCCUAGCUCUGGCAGCGCCCUCAGCAGCGAUUACACAUCGUCUGCUGAAGGUGAGGGCGAUGGCGCGACGACCGGCGACGAAGGCGACGUCAUGCGGUGUGAGAACUGCCGCGGGACGAACUUCCGGGCGACGAAGGCGCGGAAUGGGAAGCAGAGGUUGAUUUGUGUGAGGUGUCAUCGGCCGAUUAGUUGAUUCCUCCCCCGUCUUCUCUCUAUAUAUGCCGCCAUAUACUUUGGUUUCAUAUUUGUUGUUUUUGUUUUGAUAUUGCAUUGCUGAUUUCAUACGUUUGUUUUUAUCAUUACUGAUUGAUCAUUGUUUAUUGAUUGAUGGAUUAUGAUGCAUUGGGACUGGAUUGGAUUGGACAUAUUUGCUGACCUUGACUUUGAGGUGUGGACUGAUUUAUAUAUAC